CCGUGGCGAUCAGGUGAUCGAUGAACUUGAAGGAAACUUGUGAACCCAGUCAUGAUCAUGAUGACCGGAAAAAGAGAGACGGAAUUCCGGUGAUCAUAAACUUGGCUUUGGUUGAGUUGCGUAACUGCAUAGCUUUGAUUUUACGCAGACCAAACCCCUAAGCUUUGAUUUUACGCAGACCAAACCCCUAAGCUUUGAUAUUACGCAGACAAGGCCCCCUAAGUUUCUAGUUUUAGAAUGUUUUAAAAGGCAGUAAUCAAAGGUCUAAUUUUCACCCGGAACAAAUUAAGUUCCAAACAAUAGAAAUAGGACCAAACAAAAAGCAUACCUAAAACAGCCCAAACCAAAUUAAUCUCCUCAUCUCUCUCUAUAAUCAAACUCUGCAAUAUUUCAUUUCAAAAAAGAAUUAUGUACGUAGUAUAUAUUCUAGGUUUCCGGCAGCGAAAACGGAGUCGUGGUGCGCACUGAGAUGGACAACGAACAUGAAGUCACAUCGUUCUAUUCAGUCCCCGAUGAUAUACCAGUAACAAAGUUGCAAGAAGCUUGCCUAGCUAUAGUGGAAUCGGCGUUGGAAGAGUAUGACAUUUCAUGCCCACUGAAUCUGACUGAGCGUUGCAUGACAGUCUUGACAACCAAAAGGAGUAAGAACCGAGAUGUUAUUAGCAAGGCUAGGGGUGUCCUUGAACUUUUGUCAGCGACUCCUUUUCCGCCAUCUUUGUUAAACUCUUGACAUUUAUGCUUGUUGGAAGCAUCCUCUGUAGUUCUGAUGCUGGACAUUAUAAUAUUGGCAUUGUUAUUUUCUGAUGUGCUGAUGUUAGGAAGGUACGGUUCAGGGUUUGUUAGGAUUCAGUGAAACUAGAUUAGUUAAUGUGCAAAUUGUUAUCUGAUGAAUCUGUUUAUAUGGGUUUUAUACUACCCAUCUAUGUACUCUAUGAAGAGUUAGACCCAAGUGUCCAAGACUCCAAUUUGUAAUGCAGCAGAUAUGCAAAAGCUCACAUUUCCGCCGGAUGACCUAGGAAAGCGUAGGAAAGCGUAGGUGCUGAUAUAUGGCUAAUAUCAGCACCAAGACUACGAUAUUGAAAUUGGCUUGUAAGUUGUAACCGACUUUUUUUCCUUGGAACCCAAGUACAAUUGGCGGGAAUGUUGCUGGGUAAUUCCCAUUCUUUUUAGGAUUAGUACUUUUUAAAUUUUGGCGGGAAAUGCUGGGCAAUUCCUUUUCCUUUAGGGAUAGGGAGACCUUAAUUUCCCCUUAAAAGGAGGACUCCCUUCCAAGCCUUUCCUUAUGCAUUCAUUCAUCAACCUACGCUCAGGCCCCCAAUACAUUUUCAAGACACCUACUUGGAACUGCCGAUUUCCAUGGCCGACGGCCAGCCACCGGUGAAUAUAAAGAAGCAAGCGACGUCGGAGAUCUGCAACAUAUGCUGGGAAGAAUUGCAGGAAGUGAACCGUGUCAAGGAGAUGCCUAAGUGCAAGCACAUGUUUCACGCUCACUGUAUCAACGCUUGGCUGGUAAAGAAUGCUUGCUGCCCACUGUGCCAGAGAUUCGCUGUUGUGCCGGACCUCAUCUCCAUACUUGUUCAGGAGUACGAAGAUGAUCAUGAUGAUGAUGGUCCUUAUGUUAGCAUUCAUGACCUACUAAUGGAGGAUGAUGAUGAGACAGAUGAUAUCAUCCCCAUACUCAUACCAGAUCAUGAAAAUGGUGUUGAUCCUAUAGGUCUUGGAAAUGUUGAUAACGCUGAAGAUGUAUUAGUGGGUUUAGUAGAGGAACAUAUAAGGGACUAUAUUCCUAUACUCGUGACAUAUCAUCAUGACGAUGGUCUUGAUCCUAUGAGUCUGGGAAAUGAUGAUGACUUUGAUAUGGGAUUGGACCAAGAAGAGGAUGCAUACAUUGAGAGCUUGGUGUUUUCGUCGUCUGACGAUGACUGGUACGGACAAGACGACACCGAAACUCAAAAUUCUCAAUGACAAUCAAUGUGUUUGAUUGUCUUGAGAUAGGAAAUGUUCAACUUUUUUCUUCAUUUUUGGCAAGUAAUUGACUUCGUUACCACGCAAUCCAACCUCUCUAUCUACAUCUUGUUUCCAAGAGCACAAAAGUGGAGCUCUGCUGUUUUGAUUUGUUAGGCAGAGUGUAUAUAUCAGCAGGCGCAGUUCAUUCUUUUAGCUUCAAUUGUAGGACUUCAAUGUAUUUUGAUGAUGCCCUUUGGGCCUUUUUGGUUCGACGUAUUACAAGUUAAGGUUAAUUUGCAUAUAGAAAAGGAUUUAUAUCAUAUUUUCAUCAUGCAUGUUGAUAGUGAUCUUACUUCAGAAGGAUAUAAA